AAAAUGUUGAAUUCAAGUUUAAAUUCCUACCAACAUGGAAUUUUUUUUGAACACAACAAAUUCAGAGAGGGGGGUGUGGGCUUUCAGUGUAGUUCUGGCCUUUGUCUCAUUUGGGCUUUUGCAAGCAAUUGGGCUACCCAGAAACUUACUAUACUCUGUUGCUUAUAUUAUAUCACCCAGAAAAGAAAAAAAUCUUUUCCCAAAACCGUCUGCUUUGGGGAAAGCUGAAGAAACCUAAUUCCCGGCAAUUGGAGGAAGGUUGAAGUAGAUCGUCGGCACAAAUCUUUGCCUGUCGCUUUCUUGCUCUUCGGCAAGCAAAUCUUAGAAAACCUAAUUCGCGGCCGAUUGGAGAAAACCCGAAGGAGAUCCUCUGCAACCUAAUUCAGCGAAUCGCAGAAAGUUUGAAGGAGAUCAUUUCGCUGAACCUCGAUCCUUUUCUUAGCUUCCUGCCGCUGUUUGUUGGCGCCAGAUCGGAACCGGCUUCAUAUAACUGCUGCGAAACCUAAUGUAUGUUUGUCCCUGAUGCCCUCUUUCCUCCUUGCUGAUUUUGCAGAGCAUGACAAAGAAAAGAAACAAGGUAGUUGCACGGCCGAAGAAGGAGCUGCUACGGCUGACCAAAGGGAAAAGUGGUGCCUCUGCCUCAUCUACUAAACCCAUGUUUGCCACCUCUGAGCGGAAGAAGGAGCUGCUACGGCCGCAGAUCACCGGAAUAAGCAGCCCCUCAUCCACUAAACCCAUGAUCACAAACUCUUAUCCUUUCUCCACAGCUGCUAACUCUGGCUCUUCUUCACAUCAGAAGACGACAUCAUCAGAGAAGGCCUUUUUGGGUUCCAUUGUGAUUGCUGACCCAUAUCCACCACAACGCACAGAACAAGAUGUCGUCAACAACCAAUGGUUGGCAGGACUGUGUCCAACCCCACUUCCUAAGGGGCAGACACUGACUGAAGCGCUUCUUGACCUGGCGACGCGGGAAGCGGCCCUAGACCCUCUUCCUCCUGAUUAUGAUACGGACGCUGAAUGGGGUGAUUAUGAGGGUGGAUGUUGCGACGAAAGUCAUUGGGCAAAUGAAGAGCCGGAUUGGGACUGGUUUCGCUCGAACAUGGUUCAUCCCCCAUGCCCAAGAUACGAGAAGAGGUAAUUAAGUAAGGGGCACAUUCUGUUCCAAGAAAGAGUUGUAUGAUUUGCUCUCGUGCAUGCAUGGACAUGCUACGUGCUCCCACGUCAUAUAUAUAUAUAUAUAUAUAUGGAUUUGAAAGGAACAAUAGGGUUUAUGAGCGAAGAGUGAUACAUAUAGGAUAUUGAGAAAGCAUGCGGCAGUUUCUAUGGCUUAUCGUUCUUGACUCAUAUCUCUAACGUCAACCAGUGAUUGUUUGUUGGAUCCAUGACGAAUCAUCUUCCCUUUGGAAUUCAGGUGUUCAUUUAAUCCUUUAAAUAAAAAAAAAUUCAAC